AUUAGACACUGGUCAUGUGAUCAACUCCCCCUAGUGGUGAACCAUCAGAUUUUCAAAACGUUUCGAAACAGUUAUGACGUAAUGAAGCCUCGUUUGCUAAAAUCACGUGACUUGGGCCAGUUUGAAACAAGCUCCGAACCACUGAUUCGAAACAAAAGAUUCGUAAAUGUUUCGAAGCCUCAUGAAGCAGUGCUUCGAAAACGACCAUCACUAGCAUAAACCCAUAACCAAAUAAACAAAUAAAACUAACAGGCCUCAUUUCAAUUAUGUAGUAAUUGGCAUCACAACUGCAACGUCACAGAAAUGUAAUUUCAUUAAAUUAAAAAGCUCGAAGGACUGGUGAUAAGUUAUAUUAUAUUACAAGAGAAAGCUGUCUAUUUGAUUACUGUGCUUUAAGUCCUGUCAAAUUGUGAAGAACAUACGCGUUGCGUCCCAAACCGCCUACUUUAUUGUAUGUAAAAAACACUACUUCGCCUACUAUAUCGUAUGGAAGUAGGCUGUUUGGGACUUUCUGCCAUACAUCUUACUCAUGUUUUACAUGCUCCUUUUAAACCUUUUUCCAUUGUAGCUCCUCAUGUGGUCAACAAAUGUUACUGGAUGUAAUGAUGUGCUGUGUCAGUAGAGGUGCUGUUGCUCCUUUAAAUGUAAUUACUACUGGCAUGACAAGCUAAAAAUAAGCUAUAAACACAAGACAAAAAAAACCCUCCACGAUAUCAUAAAAAAAUGCACAUUUCUUUCCACCAAAAUCCAUAUAACGCAUUGCAUUUACAGUUAUUACACUAAAUCAACUUAAGUCGUUUUUUUAACUAUGAAUUUGAAUUUAUUAUAUAAAUGUAUAUAAAUAUACAGUUCCGGAAAUAUUUGUUAGAAACUUUCGUUUGCACAUUUUCACAUGUUUAAAAGUAGAAGAGCAUAAGAAAAGAAUUUAUAUUAUUGGUGAAAAGUGAUUUGUGCAGGAGGAGAGAGAAUGCAUAUUUUACACAAAAUUAUGCAGAUUUGUACCAUGCUUAUACUAUUGUACGUUUAUAAGUUUAUGUUUUUUGUUUUACAGUCGUUAUGCAAUUAAACUAGUUUGGCAUAAACAUAAAUGAAACUGUCCUGAGCCAAAUAAUGCUAAGAGAAUGCCAAAUGUUUUGGGAUAUAAAUGGUAUAUUUUUAAGUUUGACAUUUUGACAAAAUGCCCCAUGGCAUGUAAGCUGUAUAAGGUAAACGCCUAUUAAAACAGAACCCCUGUUCAAAUGUCUUUACAGCAAAUGUUUAAACAGUUAAACAAUUAUGAACUACAGAAAUAAUUAAAAAAACAUGCAUAAAAUAUCAAACUAUUGUCUUUUUCAAAUUAUUGUCAUUGAGAAAAAAGUUACAUUUUAGACAUUUAAAAUAUGAAAAAAUUUUGACCUGACAUGUAAAGCUACCCUUUGAAAACAUUGUUUUUACUUAAGUAUUUUAAUACCAUCUACCCUAAUCAUAUAUUAGGCUCUUCUGUGUUAAAUAUUAGUAAUGACUGUACUAUUUUAGAUGUUUUUAUUGACUUGUUUUUAAUACUUAUAUCAGCCCCCAAAAUUAAAUGUAUUUUAAUUUUACUUUAAAGGAUAUAAUUAACAUAUUUUAAACUAGGUGUGUUACUGCCAACAUACUUAUGUGUAAUCAAACUUGACUCAAAUAUUAAAGUUGUAGCCUACAGAAAUACUGCUCUUGUGACAACCUUCCAGUCUGACAACUUGCUAUAUGUACUUAUAUAAUCACCGUUGAAAUGAUUACACGUAUAGAUAAUUUAUAAAAAGGUCAGCUCCAGCAGGACUGCAAUAAGCAUAAAAGUUUCUUGUUUACACCGACAGGUGUCGCAGCAGGUCAGGACGCCAUAACGGCGCAAGUCAUAAACGUAGGCUACCUAAAUUCUGAAGUCGGGACUGUCGGGGUUUAAGUCAUCCGUUUACUUUAUAGUUAAAAAAAAUGCACUUUGGGGUUUUGCUUUUAUUGUAUUUAUCUUUGUAUUGAAUAUAUAAUCUGUCAGAGGAUUUGAAGCGAGUGUUUCUAUUCUUUGUAAUCUUAUUUUGUUUAAUUUAUUUUUAUUGCAUACUUUGUAGAAGAAGACUUCAUAGAAGUCGUAAAGUCAUUUCAGAUCAUUAUUAUUUGAACGUGGGCAACAAAAACUGGUCUGUCUAGCACCGAACAAUGCAUUUAUGUUUUUUUUUUCAAUGUAAUUAUGUUUAUGCAAUUUAAGGAAUGUAUUAUCAAGCUAUAGCCUACGUGCUGUUUUCAUUUAAAGAAAGAUUCUGCAGUGAAUAACCACGCGAUGCAUACAUUGCAGGAAUAUGCUUAUGGGAGCUGUGUGCAUCCGGCAUUCAUUGGCUGCGUAACGCGCACAAGUUCAUCCUCCCCCGUGACGCACGAUAAAUGUCCGUCCUCCCGCAUUUCGGCUGACAGACAAUCAGAGUUCUGCAUCGCGUCGCGUCGCGUCUGCUUCUGUUUAUCUCCAAAGUGAAAUGCAGCCGUCAUCAGAAAAGUGAUUUAAUCCUGCGCUUUACAAGAGUUUUUAUGGGUUUGCUUAUUCGUUGGACUUGCGUUUGUUUAGCAUUUUUUGCUUUAUGAAAAACAUGACUGGAGUUUUUGACAGCCUUAGUACAGAUAUGCAUUCAAACCAGAUUACCUCCAGCAAUUAUCACAAUCUGCACAAAUCCCAGGAAUCGCCUACUUUACCGGUCUCCACCGCCACCGACAGCAACUACUAUAAUAAUAACCAGCAGGCCGGCCAGUGCGCCGGUUCUCCAUACGGCCAGAUCAGCUCUUACCAAUACCAGAACACCAGCAUGAACGGCGUCCAGUAUGGCUUCGGUAAUGCGUUCGGCCCCUACAGCGCGUACGGCUCCUGUUCUUCACCAACUCCUGCAGAUGCUGAAAAAGAAGAAAGUGAACCUGAAAUACGAAUGGUUAAUGGAAAGCCAAAGAAGGUCAGAAAACCUCGAACUAUUUACUCGAGUUUUCAGCUGGCGGCCCUGCAGAGGAGAUUUCAGAAGACGCAAUAUUUGGCUCUGCCGGAGAGAGCCGAACUGGCAGCAUCUCUGGGCCUCACACAAACACAGGUAAAAAUCUGGUUCCAGAAUCGUCGUUCCAAAUUCAAGAAGUUGUGGAAAAGUGGAGAAAUCCCACCCGAGCAGCAUGUGGCCUCCAGCGAGUCUCCACCUCACCACUCACCGCCUCUCAACACGGCCUGGGAGUUCACGCAUAAUCAGAGAAUGAACAAUGCAAACGCCGGUUUGCCCCAGAGCAACAGCCCCCCGAUCACGACCACCCCUUCCUUUCUGACAAACUACCCCUGGUACUCAUCCACGAACUCUGCAACCCAUUUACAGCCACUGCAUCAUCAAAACACAACUAUAAGCGCCGGGACAAUAUUUUGAUCAACUUCUUAAAAACUGGGAAAAUCAUAUUGCAACUUACUGUAACUAAAGACUUUUAGUCCUAUAUUUAUACAGUGAGACGUCACCUACGCCACGUUGAUCACAUCUUUUGGCGCGUAACAGUUUCUUGUCAUGCAAUGGACACGAAAAAAAUCAAACAUAUACAAUUAUUUUUGUAUUUAUUUAUUUUGUUUCUGGGGGUGGUAUAUCAAUGGAUUCAUUUUUUUAAUUGCUCAGUAAACCACUGUUGUCCAAAGCCCAGAGAGCUCACGUGGACGUUAUCGGAGUGAAUAUUGCAGCAGGGUAUAUAAUAAUCAUUAAAGCACAUGUAGCACAACCUCAAGCUGUUUGGUGCCUUUUAUAUAAUGACCUCACUGUCCUCAUAUAGAGUAAAUGUGUUUCAUGUGGCUGCCUUUUGUGUUUAUUUUACAUUUAGUAAGCUACAUGAGGUAAGUUGACAAAACAGCAUCAAUCUCUGUACUCGAGUGUUUUCAUCACAUCAUCUUAAUAAUAUUGCCAUAGGAUAUUACAUUAGGUUGUCACUGUGUUUUUUCUUCUUUUAUUAUUAUUAUUAUUAUUAUUAUUAUGAAUAAGACAUUAUUGUAAAGCACUGGUAAGCUACUGAUGUUCAUGUUCACCUGUAAAAGGAAAUUUUCUCCGAAGUACUUUGUUUUUAUUUAUUUUGAAAUCUGAAUGAAAUAUUCUGCCACUAAAAUGACCAAUCUUAUUUAAAUAAAAGGUUUCAUGUGAA